AAAAGCACGCAGGCCUUCGAACAUUCAGCGGCGCUUCGGAUCCGCGCGCACGCCAGUCGUUCGCCGGUGCCAAUCGCCGAUCGCCCGGCAAAUCGACAACCGACGUCUCCUUCGCGGCAGAUCGAAGAUCGAACGGUUCCAUACGAGUAGCACUCGAAGAGCAGCAGGCAAUGAAGACGCACGUGGCUGUGAUGAGCGCUGUGAUCGCGCUGCUAAUCGUUAAUCUCGUCACCGCUGACCUUCGCAAAAUCGACUCGCAAAUCCCGUGCGCGGAGACAGCGAAUUGCACGAACAUACCGACGCUUCCGCCAGAUACGGUUUGCCAGGAAGGAUAUUGCAUGUGUCCGAAGGACGAGGGCUUAGUCAGGUGUUUGGGCAGCCAGGCGGCCAUACAUGAGAUCAAAAGACCAGGCCCGCUGAUCUACCGAUGGUGCAAACACGAUCAGGAUUGCAACUUCCAUGGUGGAUUCUGCAACACCACCAAUCAACAGUGCUAUUGCUCCAAGGGCUAUGUGCCGUCGAAUGACAAACACCAUUGUCUCGAAAAGGCCCAGUCGAUGAACUUUACUUGCACGGAGGACAAUCAAUGUUUAGCGUUUUUACCGAACACCACCUGUCUCUCUAAUAAAUGCGUCUGUGUGUCUGGUUAUCAUUACAUGGACAAUGCGUGCUGGGAAAUGGCAGGAUACGGACAACCUUGCACGAAAAUUCAGGAAUGCUCGCACAUCGAGGGCUCGAAUUGCACGGACAAUAUGACGUGCGAAUGCGGCGUCGAGACGGUGCUGAGCGAGGACGGGAAGAGGUGUUUGGCCGUCGUGCGAGACAUUCGAGACGAAUGUGAGGAAUCGGUGCAGUGCCAGACGUUCGAACACUCGUCGUGCAUCGAGAAGAUGUGUCAGUGCCGAGAGGGCUAUCAUUACGAACGCGACAUGUCGAGAUGUUUCCUUAACAGAGGAAUCGACGACGAAUGCGCGAACAAUUACGAGUGUUACUUGGCCGAGGAUUACAAGAGAGAUCCGCCGAUCGAGUCUCUGAUAUGCAAGGUUAACGUAUGCGUAUGCGCUGAGAAUUAUAUUAAAGCGAAGAACGUAUGCGUGAACGACGGUUCUCCGUUCUUCGCAUCCUUUCGAGUAAUAACUCUAAUAGCGUUUUUACGCUUAAUUUACGAUCACCUGUAGUGAAGUUACUGUUAGUCGUUGAGAUUACGAUUUCUUCGAGGAGAAGAACUGUUACGCGCGUUGUACAUAUAAGUAUCAGCGGAAUCUCAAUGAGUGUUCGCGUGUUUGCGAGGAAAACGGCGGCCGAGCGCGGAAAUCGCCGAGCGACCCGUUCAUCGCUCGUUUAUCGCGGAUUUACGAUCACUCGUAAGGGAGAAUCCCAUCGAAAUUCACGAUAGAGAUUCGUGCGUUUCUCACGAAUAUCACAGAUAUCGCGUUAUAACGCGCCGUUGCGUUGAAACGCGGACUAACGGCGCCCCGGGAUGCGGCGAACGCGUGCAAAAGCGCGAGCUUCCUCGCGGAAUGCGUGCACCGGACGCGUUUCGUGCGACUACGUUGCGCGAUCGGGGGGGCCCAUAAGGAACAGGAUACUCGUCCUUCGACGCGCCUCGGAAAGCACGGUUCAAGCACUGUAACCGCAGCGUCAUGCGGGACGAUAUCGAUCCUUUCGGCGUCACACGAAAUACCGGUCGUGAAUUUUCCUCUCGUUUCGUUUCCGAGUUUAAGAAACGCAAAGCUCGUCUUUCGCAAAAGACCGGUUGUAAGUCUUUCUUUUCUUAUGCGACGUUGGCACGAUUACAUCUCACGCGAUGAGAAACGAAAAGAGGAAGAAAAUGACGACGGAUGAACGGUGUACGAAAAUUCUCGAUUUUUCCGUCAACGUGAUUUAAUGCGAUAUUUCAUGUAAUGUCCUCCAAUGAUGUGUCAUCGUCGGUUGUUGCGUCGAAAGAAAAUUGUGUGUCUAUC